UGAAUCAUCAUGUCACUGUCCAUUGCAGCUUCAACUGCCACUGAGCCACCGCAGAAAGCUCAGCUUCCCAACCCAUUUGAACUUGAUGACUAUCAAAUCCUUCACAAAGUUUAUCUCACCCACGUCAACGAUGAUGAAACCUGCGAUAAGGAUAUCCUUUUCAACCUUGUGUCCACUAUCAUGGGCACAGCUCAAAUUUCUGGUUCUGCUGCUGUAGUUACGUCACAGAUUUCUGCAACAAGUUUCAAACCAGACUACCCUUCACUGAAGCGGAUUUCUUGUCAGAUGAUAACCACACGUGGAAGUGUACAAUGUGCCCACCAGACAACAAUUUGGAUUCUUCAGAACCUGAGAUGCCACUCAUGGGAUGCGAAAGCGCUAAUAACUCUAGCUGCUUUCUCUUUGGAAUAUGGAGAAUUUUGGCGGCUUUAUCGGAUUCCAACAUCAGAUCAACUAGGAAGCUCAUUGAAGCAGCUGAACCAAGUUCAAAACAGAAAGGUUCCUGCUGAAAUUACGGAUCUGGUGACAUCCUUAAUUGAAGCGUUUCGUCUCAUCAAAGAAUGGGCAACAUGGUCUGCAAUAGGGUAUGAAACAGAGGAAGUUCAUUCCUUGUCAGAUGCAAUGCAAGAGAUCCCUCUUGUUGUGUAUUGGACUGUUGCUACCAUCGUUGCGUGUAUUGGCAACCUCGUUGGUAUUUCGGACCAUAAAUUAUCAGAUUUUCAAAACAGGCUUUCUAACAUUGUGAUGAAGUUGAAGUCGCAUCUGGAAAUGUGCAGAGUGCAAAUAGGGAGGAUAGACGAUUAUCGAAGGCGAAUGAAAGCCUCUAAAAAUAUUAAAGACGUUGUGGAUCUUUUGAAGAUUCUGAUCUAUGGUAAUGGAUCUGAGAUACCCCUAUUCUAUGAAGGCGGCAUGCAAAUUAAAAUGGGUAUUGAAGUGUUUAAGCAGAAAUAUGUGAUGUUGUUCUUUUCGGGCCUGGACAGCAUUCAAGAUGAGAUUUUACUUUUAAAUUCCAUCUAUAACAGGUUACAGGAAAACCCAGGCGAUGAAAUAAAAGGUUUUAGGAAGGGGGAUUUCAAGAUUUUGUGGAUUCCCAUUGUGGAUGUUUGGAACGCCGUUCUUAAGGAACGGUUCAAGACUUUGAGGGAAGGCAUCAAAUGGCAUGUGUUGGAGUACUUCUGGGAAUUACCAGGAAUUGGGAUAAUAAGGGAGAAAUUUAAAUAUUACAACAGUAAGCCUAGUUUGGCUGUGAUCAACCCUCAAGGUGAGAUAAUGAAUGAGAAUGCAAUGGACAUUAUUUUUCAAUGGGGCAUCGAAGCAUUUCCUUUCAGACAAAGUGACGGUGAUGAUCUCAGUAAAAUAUGGACAUGGUUUUGGAAUUUAAUGAAGAGAGUAGAUUUCAAUAUAGAGGAGAUGAGAAGGGACAGUUACAUCUUCAUCUAUGGAGGUAACGACAGUAAGUGGCUACGGGACUUCACGAUCGCAAUUGGAAAAAUAAAAAAGCAUGAGAAUAUAAAGAAUUUGGAUGUUAGCAUAGAGCAGUUUCAGUUAGGGAAGGAUAACCCCGACAGGGUUCCUUAUUUUUGGAUUGGCAUAGAUGGCAAGAAACAGAACAAAGAGUGCAGGGACAGAGUGGACUGUGAAAUUCAAGAAGUUGUGAAGAGCUUGCUAUGCCUUAAACAAGAUCCACAAGGUUGGGUUCUUCUUAGUAAAGGGUCUAACAUAAAGCUUCUGGGUCAUGGUGAACCUAUGUAUCAAACUGCGGCUGAUUUUGAGACAUGGAAAGACAAAGUGCUUGAGAAAGAAAGCUUUGACGUGGCCUUCAAAGAAUACUAUGAUGUUAAGCUUAAAGACAUAUCUGUUCGUCACCCAUGUGCUUUUGUCAAUGUUGAUAACACUUCGAGUGUCCUAGCCACCAUAACUUGCCCCAAUCCCACAUGUGGGCGCGUGAUGGAGGUGACAUCAGUUAAUUACAAGUGCUGCCAUCGUGAUGAUCCAAACAGUUGCAGUAUUUGA